CCUCCAGCCGCCCAGGCCCCACUCUCCGACGGGCGGGCGGAGGGAGGCAUCCGCAGCAAGUUGUCGAGCUCGCCCCGCCGCCGCCGCCCUGGGCGCCGCGAUGCGUAGACUGGCCGCGCUGCCGGGGGGCUGCCGCGCCGCACCAUGAAGUUCCGCAGUAAGGCGGCUGCGCUGCUCCUGCUUGCGCUGGUCACGCUGCUGCUGGUGCUGCUGACCCUGUGCACCGGCCGCGCCGAGCCCCCAGCGCCGCUUGUGCACUCCGCGUCAGCCCCGCAGCGCCAUCCCGAGCAGGCCCCCGCGCGCCUCCCAGGCCCGGGCGCCUUCCCGGGGGCCGGCCAGGGAGCUCAGAGGCGCCGGCCACCGCGUCCGCGCCCGCGAGCCGGCCGCUGGGGCGCGGCGAGCCUGAAAAAGUUGUCGAGGAGGCAUGGAGAAGCCAAAAAUGUCCGUGCUGUGCUGCCACCUAGGCUCUGGAUGCACCUGGCUGUGGUUGCCUGUGGCAAUCGGCUGGAGGAGACCCUGGUCAUGCUUAAAUCAGCUGUGCUCUUUAGCCACAGGAAGAUGCAAUUUCAUAUUUUCACAGAAGAAUCUCUGAAGCCCGAGUUUGAGAAGCAGUUACGACAGUGGCCUGACUCAUAUGCAAAGAAGUUUGAGCACAGAAUCUACCCCAUCACAUUUUCAGUUGGAAACCCUCAGGAAUGGAAGAAAUUAUUCAAACCCUGUGCUGCCCAGAGACUCUUUCUUCCGGUGAUUUUAAAGGAUGUGGACUCACUUCUCUAUGUGGACACCGAUGUUCUCUUUCUGAGACCAGUUGAUGACAUCUGGAAGCUUCUGAGGCAGUUUAAUUCCACCCAGCUUGCAGCCAUGGCCCCAGAACAUGAAAUUCCCAAGGUUGGCUGGUAUAGCCGCUUUGCUCAGCACCCUUUCUAUGGCUCUGCAGGAGUUAAUUCAGGAGUCAUGCUAAUGAAUUUAACUCGUAUAAGAAGUGCCCAUUUCAAGAACAGCAUGAUUCCAAUAGGCUUGGCUUGGGAGGACAUGGUGUACCUUCUGUACCUGAAGUACAAGAAUGCCAUCACAUGGGGAGACCAAGAUUUAUUAAAUAUUAUUUUUUAUUUCAAUCCAGAGUGUCUCUAUGUGUUCCCCUGCCAGUGGAACUACCGUCCUGACCACUGCAUGUAUGGAAGCAACUGCAGAGAGGCUGAGCUUGAAGGGGUGUCUGUUCUGCAUGGGAACCGUGGCGUCUUCCAUGAUGACAAGCAGCCAACUUUCAAAGCCCUCUAUGAAGCAAUACGGGAUUUUCCCUUUCAAGACAACCUCUUUCAAUCCAUGUAUUACCCUCUUCAAUUGAAGUUUUUGGAAACUGUACAUACUUUGUGUGGACGAAUCCCACAAGUUUUUCUGAAGCAAAUUGAGAAAACAAUGAAAAGGGCUUAUGAGAAACACGUCAUCAUCCAUGGCCCCAACCACAUGCGCUGAAUAUUUUGUAUUGUUGCAAGUCAAUUAGGCAUCUCAUGAAGGAGGAAAUAGUCAUCUCUAAGCUGCCUGUAUCUUUUUGGUGUGAAUAUUUAAUGGUGCUCCAUGACAAUUGAGUUUUAAAAGUUUUGUUAAAUGUUGUUAAAUUAGUUGCCCCUAAAAGGAAAUAUGUUUUAAUUUUUUCUAAAAUGCUAUUUAUCUCACUGGUUUUUUUAAAAAUAUAUUAUUACUCAUUUAACAUUGUUCAAGUAGGUUGAGCUAGCUGUGAGAAGGAACUUUUUGUUAACCUUCCAAUUCCUGUUAAGUUUCUGAGAAAAUAGCAGUGGCAUCUGAGACAGUGUAUUUAUCUUGUAUCCCUGCAACUCUUUCUAUGCAAUUGACUCCCCCAUACCGUUUUGAUAAAAGUAUUACACACUUGUAAAACAAACAAAUUUUAAAAACUUGUAGACAAUAUAGUUAUGAACCAAAAUCAAGAUUGUAUUAGCCAUAAUCUUACCAACCAGUGAAAAAGGUUGUUAUUCUAGUGUAGUUCCUUCCAUUUUUUUAAUUUCUAUAUUUAUUUUUUUCCCAUUUCUAUAUUUACUUAUGGCUAUCUUCUAUUAUAUCACAUAUAUAAAACAAGUAGUCUGAGUAACAGCUGACCUCUAUGCUGAUAGUUUUAUGUAGCAGACUAAGAAGUUACACAAAAUGGUUAUUAUUACAGCACUUUAUUUAAAAUACAUCUGAGAUAAGCAUUCAGAUUUCAGCUAAGUGGGCAGUGUUAAAAGAUGAAGCAUUAUGUGGGGGUGAUUUUCUAAGAAAACUUAUUUAGAUUUGUGGAAGACCAGAUCAUAAGAAAUGUCUGUGCAACCAUAGCUUUUGAAGGAAAAUUCAGAAAUUAUAUUAAACCUAAGAGGUCUGUUUAGCAAAGAAAUGUGAUUUUGUGUUUGCUCACAGACAAAAAACAUUUUAUCUCUUACAUCAUAAGAUGUAAAAUAUAUCACUUUCAUCCUCUCUUCUUUAAAUUCUUGGACAAUAGUUGGAAAUUAAAGGCUAACUUUAAAUUUAAUGUGUACAGACUAAAUAAUUCAGGUGAUCCAUUGGCAAGAAAAUUCAACUUCCUACCAGCCUUUCAAAGUUCUCUUUAAAUUUUUGUUUUCUUCUCUAGGGUUACCUAGCUGUUAACUAAGGAACCAGGUAGAUCGUAUCACCUAGCUACAGUAGGGAAUGUUCUACAUUCUGUUUCCUAAAGGGGUUUGACUUAAUCCCUAGUUGCUCACAUAGCUGGUAUCAGCAUAGGACAUUUUGCAAAAAGCUUUAUUUAUUUAUUUAUUUAUUUAAAAAGCUUGUGCAUAAAUGAUCUCCUUGAUGCUUGCAACAGCCCUGUGAACUUAGUAGGGGCCUGUUAUCAUCUCCACUGGGUAAAUAAGUAAAUUGUAACACAAAGAAACAAACAUACCAAAUAUAAUUGCUAUUCUUUAAGAUAUACAGAUAUGUAGAAUAUACAUCCUGUUUUACAGAGAAAUAUUUGGAAACAAAUAUUAAAUGCUUUUCAUUAUAUAUAGACAGCAAUCUGAAAGUAUAAAAUAAAAAAUAUUAUUUCGUUAAUGUAAACAUGGUAUCUUAUAUAUUGGAAUUCAGUAGGACAUUAUACCGUGUUUCCCUGAAAAUAAGACCUAACUGGAAAAUAAGUCCUAGCGUGAUUUUUCAGGGAGCUCGUAAUAUAAGCCCUAUCCCAAACAUAAGCCCCAGUUAAGAUCAUCAGCCAGACAUGA